AUGCCUCGGCGGGGCUCCUGCCCUGCCCCGACGGCCGCGCGUCCGUCCUCCAGCUCCCCAGCCCAGCGCGUCGGAACCCGCCCGCUGUGCGCUGCUCUGUCGUCCCCUCAGCCGACGCCGGCUGACCCAGCCCUGCUCGGGCGACAGGCGGCUCCCGGAGCUGGGGUGCGGGGGAGCGAGGGGUCGUCCAGAGCCGGCCGGAGAGGGUGGGCACGGGGGCGUGGCAGCCCUGGAACCGCGAGCCCCGAGGAUGAGUGCGCGGCUCCGGUGCCGCUGCGUCUGCGUGGCGGCCCGCGGAAGUCUAGGAGACGCCCAGAAGCGGAUAAAGACGGGAGCCACUUCCCAGGAAAAGAUCAUCUCUCUCCCUCCUCCAAAAGCAUGGGGAGCUGCUUCUGGACUGAGCCGAGCUGAGGCUGGGGGCUGCCCCGGGGUCCUCCCUGGAACGCGAGGCCCAAGACCCCUCCCUCAGUUCCCUCCC